UACUUUGAAUGAAGUGACAAUGACGGACUUUGGAGAAAUCCUAAAACAUGUUGGAGAAUUUGGUCGCUUUCAGAAAUGUUUGGUCUUUAUGUUGUGUUUCCUUAGUUUCUUUAAUGCCUUCCACAUGUUUGGGCAGGUGUUUAUGGGAAUCUCUGUGCCUCACCACUGCAAUACCAACUGGAUCUUGGAGAAAAGUCCAAAUCUAACUGAGGACUACCAGCUGAAUUUAACCAUCCCACACAAUGAACGUAGAGGCUACGAGCAAUGCCUCAUGUACACUCCAGUGGAUUGGGAUAUUGAAUCCAUUGAGAGGAAUGGACUAAACAGCACGGAGGAAUGCCGGAAUGGAUGGGUGUACGACACGUCACAGCAAAAGUCAACGCUGGUCACUGAGUUUGACCUGGUAUGUCACAGGAAAGAGCAGAAUGACAUAUGUCAAUCCAUUUAUAUGCUUGGUCUCCUGAUUGGAUCUCUUUUUUUCGGUCACUUAGCAGACAGGAUUGGGAGACGUCCAGUUAUUUUAAUCUCCAUUUUAAUGAUGUUCGCUUUUGGUCUUGGAGCGGCAUUUGUUACACAUUUUUAUAUCUUUAUGGUGCUGAGGUGUUUUGUGGGAAUCGCUAUGUCUGGGGUCCUGAUAAACAAUCUUGUACUAGUUGCUGAAUGGGUAGGGCCUUCACAGCGUGCCUAUGCUACUAUCAUUGGGCAUACAUGCUUUGCAAUAGGACUAAUGGUGCUGGCUGGAAUUGGAUAUGCUAUACGUAACUGGAGGUUGCUACAGAUUGCUUGCUCUGCUCCCUCUGCUUUAUUAGUCUUUUAUAUUUGGUUUCUUCCAGAAUCUCCCCGCUGGCUUCUAACGAAAGGCAAAAAUGAAAAAGCCAAAGAUCUUCUCCAGAAAGCUGCGCGCAUGAACAAACGAGAGUUAUCUGAAGAUAUACUGAAGGAGGUAAAAGAACAAAAACAGACUAAAUCUGGCAACAUGAUAGACCUGUUUAGGAUCCCACUUUUGAGGAAAAAAACGCUCAUUAUGUGUUUGGUAUGGUUUGUGAAUGCUUUAGUGUAUUAUGGCCUCAGUCUGAAUGUGGGAAGCUUUGGACUGGACAUUUAUGCUACUCAGCUCAUAUUUGGAGCUGUUGAAAUACCCGCUCGCCUUGGAUCUAUUUUCGCAUUGCAAUUUUUUGGAAGAAGGCUAAGUCAAUCAUUUUACCUUUUGCUCGGGGGAACUGUUUGCCUUAUCACCACUGCAAUACCAAAAGAGUUAUCUGUCGUAACCACUGUGCUGGCGGUAAUUGGAAAAUUUUCAACUGCGUCUGCCUAUUCAGUCUGUUAUAUAUAUGCUGCUGAGUUAUUCCCCACAAUCAUCAGGCAGAGUGGAGUAGGACUCUGCUCUAUGGCAGCUCGGGUCGCUGGGAUAAUAGCACCCCUCAUUAGGCUUAUGGACCAAUAUCACCCAUCUAUACCAAUGGCCAUUUAUGGAAGUGCCCCCAUCAUCGGAGGUCUUCUCUGCUUCUUUUUACCAGAGACAAAGGGCAGUGAUCUUCAGGACAAUACAUUUGACACCAAUGGUAUUCCAAGGCCAGACAACUUGCCAACGGACCACUUGUUUAGUGAUUCUAACAUACUACAUAGAGAACAAGAUGAAAAGAGCACCCGAUUAUAAGCUGGCUCAAGGACAAAUAUCUCAAUAUAUUUAUAUUGUGAGAACCAUUAUUUCUUUUUCUGGACCUUUUGUCAAUAACCACACUCCAAAAAUAAUGGAAGAAGCUCAUCUCAAAAACAUUCCUAUAAGUAUAUCCAGUAGAUAUGCCUUCUUUAAAUGAUAAACUCCGCUCCGCUACAUUUAGAGGACGAUUAUAAAGACUGUAUUAAAUCAAAAAGUCUUCAUGAACCUUAUACACUGGCCAGGUGGAAUUAAACAAAAUGUGAAGCUUAGA